AUUUGUGGCAGUUUUCCUACCUCAGCCUCCCAGAUGCUGGGAUUGAAGGCAAGGACCACCACUCCUGGCUCUUGAGACACAGUCCUGCUAGGCAGCCCAGACUGGCCUGAGUCUCACUGUCACCCAAGAUGGCCUCCGCCUUCCAAGAACAGGGAUCACGGGCCUGUACCAUCCAUACCUGGCCAAACCUUGGCUUCAAAGGGAAAACAGCCUGGUUAAAUCCUAAUUCCUCCUUUGCCCUAGCUAUGAGGUCCCAUGUCUUUGUUUCUUUAAGAACCUCAGCUUGUUGCUAGGCUCCCAGGAUUCCUCAGGGAGGGGGUCAGGUGCAUCCCUGUGUGCCUCUGGGACCCCAGCACCUGCCUCUUCCAGCGCCAUUCAGCAGCACCUUCCUGCCUGUCUCUGUCCAGUGCCGGUCAUCUGCUGUUUUGGACACCACUGAACAGGUAAGAGACCCCAUGACCCAGUGACUGCCCCACCCAAGCUCACUCCUCCAUCUCCAGCCCACUACAGAAGUUACUGGAUCUAUUGUCGGUAAACAGGGGAUAGCGCUCACUGUCAGAGAGGAAUCUACACCUCACAUCCCUACUCGGAGACCUGGAACUCAGAUCCAGACAUCACUUAACCCAUGGUCUGAGGAUCCCACGUCCUCUCCCCUGUAACCCUUCUAGGUCCCAGUAUUCAAAGUUUCUAGGCCCCUAAUUUCUGGCAAGAACCGAAGACAUGGACCCUCAGCCCUUCACUUUGUGGGCCUCAAAGCCCAAUAGCUACCUUCUUAGGACCAUGGAGUCUCCCCCUCCCUCUGACUCAGCUUGGGUCCCAGCUCUUCAUUCUCAACCUCCAGUGUUAACGUCUGUGCAGUCCUGAUGUUUUAAGAGCCCUGGGAGAAGGAGGUUGUCCCUUGUGCCCUUGGCCACCUGAUACCCUCUGAAGGUGGAAUCUAACAUUUGUGGGACCUUGGAAAGGUGUCAUUAUGUGCCAAUUUUCAAGGACCCCACUGGUAAAUGCACCCCCCCCCCGGAGAAUCCCUGAACUCCUGUAACCUUAGCAACCACAGUUACCACCUCACGGCCGCCAGAGACUUGCCAUUGGGUUUUGCCAGAGUCCCUGGGCAGACCUGGUCCUUGGGGAGCCAGUGGGUGUGGCCUCUGGGAGUGUGCCGGCUCCAGGAUGCUUUGGUGUUAACCUUUUCCUCCCCACUCCUUCCUUCCACAGCUACAGGCAUCUCUGCGCCAUGCAGCACUUCAGCCCCUUCUUCUUCCUCCUCCUCCUCUUCCUCCUCCAUGGUCUGGGUUCCAAGGCAGCUCCCUCAACCUCUCUGCCCGUGGGCUCCGACCCCCAGGAGAUAAUCCAGCCCUCUAGGAUGCCUGUUGCUCUAGAAAAUUCUACUAGAGACAGGCCUGCCCCAGGAUUCCCUGCAGCGGCUCCUCCUGAGCCCUCCAAGACACCACCCCCCAGACCCAGCCUCUCAGGUUCUCCAGAGACCCCAGUGCCUGCCCAGCUCACAAGCUCAGUCACAGAAUCCCAGGAUGCUUUGCAAACGAGCCCCUCCAAAGCAACACUGCCAGAAUCUUCUGAGGUCCCCAAACCUGACCCGACUGCAGUUUCCCAGUCUGGAUCCCCUGGAACCCAAAACCCUAAUCCCUUCAAAACUUCACCCUCAGAAUCUCCCAAAGCUGAACACACUGACCCUACACCAACUACACACCAAGACUCCCCUGAAAUCCCCGAAGGAGGUACCCCCCAAAUCUCGCCUGGUGAAGGGCCUAAGAUACCAAGUCCUGGCCCCACCCAGCUCCUCAGCUCCACAGCCCGAGAGACCUAUGACCCUGGUACGAACAGGACCCUAAAUUCUGCAUUACUACCAACCACCCAUGCUGACCCCACAGAAACCCCACAGUCAGCAUUUUUCGUCACCCACUCCAAUCCCACCGACAUCCCCCAGACACAGUUCCCCACAACCAUCAACCAAAACGCAACAGAGAUGGCUGUGACCUCUGCCUUAGAAAUCACCACUGGUCUUCCCACCCACCCAACAGCAGCCUUCAGGGAGGAAGCCACCACAUCCAGUGAGCCGGGCUUGAGUCCCAGCCCAGAAUCCCCCGCAGCCACCCAGAUUGCCACUCCUGGCCUGCCCACGUCAGAUCCCCUAGGGACCAAAGAGCUGAAUAUACCCCAGAACUCAGGCCCUAAAGGGCCAGAUACCCCUCCUCCCUCGGCACGGAUUGCAGGCCCCCCUGCUCCUCCAGAACACCCCAAUCAGGUAGCCCCUGGGGUGCCGCAGGCCCCUCAGAAACACAGCCAAGGAGAGAGAGUCAAUACAAUCAUCGUGGUGGAGCGAGUGAAGGAGACUGGGGUGACUCUGGUCAGCCGCCCGCGAGGCUCCGUCAGUGGGUCCCUGUGCCUGUUCUUCGCGGGGACAGGGAUGCUAAUCGGCAUAUUCCUCCUGCUGUGGUGUCUCUACCGCCGGGCCUCCAGACACAGGUCCUUUGCACACCACCGGCUCCGGGACAGCGGAGAUGAACCCGCCCUGCACCUGGACGCCCCGAAGGACCCCCUGGACCUGUACUUCUACGGCUCGGACGCGUGGGUGCCCUCGCACAUCGCCACGCAGCAGCCGCCGCCCACGCCCCCGCUGCCGCCCAAGCUGCCCCCGCCGCCCCGCGGCCCGCAGCGCCUGGAAGCCCUGUCCCCUGCCGCGCUGUCCCCCAACUUCGUCUGAGGACGGCAGCACCGCCUAGAGGAACCCCGAGCCGAGCCGAGCUCCCAAUAAAAGUCACCUCACCCCAGA